UGACUGUCAACACGCGGGUGGGAGUUAGGAUGUAGCUCCAUCCCCCCUCCCCAGCCCCCUCCAGACUGGGGCAACAGCCUAGACAGAUCUGGGGCUGGAGGAGGGGGCGUGGGGCGUGGUGGGGCGGAGUAGGGCGGGGGAGUGUUUGUCCUGCGGGAAGCGGAGCCCGCCCGAAGCUGCCUUUCCCUCUCCGGCGGCGGGCAGGGAACUGGCGCAGAAUCCGCAGUUCUCAGCGAAUGAGGGAGCUCAGGGAGGGGCUGGGCUGAGACUGGGGGGGCGGGUGUCAUUAGUGCUUCCCAGCAAAAGCAGCUUCCUUUCCAGGCGGGGAGGAGAGAGAGGCAGGCUGGGGACUGACUGGUGCAGGGAGCCCGGAGCAGGCGGAGUUGGUGGUCUGGCUCCCUUCCCUUCCUUGCGCAUCCCUCUCGCUCGCCCGCCGCUGCAUCCCUCCUGCAUCCCUGGAGAGAGAGCGGUCCUUGGGUACCAGCGUCCUCGGAGCCUGCCCGCCGCGGCUCCUUUCCUGGGCUGUCCUCUCCUGCUGCUGCUCCCAUCCAGGGAGAGCGCUCCGGGCUCUUCCUCCGGGGUACCGCCCUGCCCUCUCUCUCUCUCCGCCCUGCAUCUCCUGGAGAGAGCGCGCAGCAUCCCUCCUCUUGGGUACCAGCCUCGGCAUCCCAGCCCGCAUCUCCGAGGAGUGCAGCGGCGGCGCCUCUCUCAAUGCAAGGGCGACCACGGUGAUGGGCUUGGAGUGGGCAGCUUGUUAGGUGUGGAACCGAGGCAGACCACCUCAGAGCCAUGGGGGUUCUGAUGUCCAGGCGGCAGACCGUGGAGCAGGUCCAGAAGGUCAGCCUGGCCGUGUCGGCCUUCAAGGACGGGCUGCGAGAACGCAAGUCGGAGGGCAGCACCAGCCGGAGGGGCACCAUCGAGGACACGGUGCAGGAACUCAGAGAAGAGGAGGCGUCGGAAGCAGGGUCUUCGGCGGGGCUCCAGCAGAAGGAGGAGAUCCGCUUCCGCAGGGCGGCCUGGGAGAGGCUGCGGGACGGGCGAGGGGUGGAGCCCGAAGACUUUGACCGCACCACCUUCUUCACGCCGCCAGCCUUUGCCCGGCCCACACGGAGGGAGCAGGAUGACGAGCCCAUUGAGAUCAGCCUGGAGCAGAGGGAGCAGGUGGGCACAAGAUGAACCCCUGGAACAGGCAGGGAGG